AUGAAAACAACAAUGAAGACAAUCAUCUGUUUUUUUAUAUUAUUUUUCCACAUAGCCAUUAGUUAUGCUGAUGAUUCCUCAAUAAAUUUAUUAGUUCGUUCAUCUAAUGAUACAUCUAUACGUCGAUAUUGUGUUGAACUUGCGAAAUUACCAAAUGGUCAUACAGUUAAUAUAACAGAAUUUGGUUGGCAUAUUCCAUACAUUGCAUCACCAUCAGUUAAUGCAUGUAAUAUAACUGAUCUUCAAUAUUCUUUACCACAAAUAUUUCCAUUAAAAACAAUUCUUAUUCUUUAUGAACAUCAAUGUAAAAUGACUGAACAUGCAUGGAAUGUUGAAAAACAAUUUGGAGAAAAUAUAUCUUUAAUGGUUUUAACAAAUCGUACAGAUACACAUUAUGAAUUAACAUAUAAUACAACAACAAUGCCUGUAUCAAUACCUGUACUUAUUUUUUUACAGAAUGAUUUAAAUAAAAUAAAUAAAACGUAUAAUAAUAAUAUAAGUAAUAUUGAAAUAUCAAUAGAUAAUCCUCCUGAUAUACAAAGAAAAUUUCGUCCAGCUGUAUUAUUAAUGUUUUUACUUGUUUUAAUUAUAUUACUAUGUGGAAAUUUCUGGGCUGCUGAUGAAUUUAUGCGUAAAAUUCGAAAUCCAUAUAUGAAUACACAAAGUGAAUCAUCAAAUUUAAAUGUAACACCAAUAUCAAAUGAUAUUCAAGAUUUAACAUCAAAUAAUAUUUCUCAAGAUACAACAAUACCAAUAACAAAUCAAGAUACUCAUAGUGAAAACAAGACACCACGAAAUACUGAACCUGCUAUUAUUUAUAUGCCUUAUUGUAUUAUUGCACUUAUUUUAAUUUUUGCUGUUGGAUGGCUUCUACUUAUUUAUUAUUUUCCUAAAGUCAUGAUUCAUGUACUUCAAGUUCUCUUUUGUAUCGGUGCUUUUUCUUCAUUAACUUCGUGUCUUGAUCGUCUCAGUUAUUUUGCACUAAUUCUUCGUCGUUAUCGUAUUCCAUCUCAUACUUUUCAUAAACCAUGUAAAUGUAAAUUAGGUCCAUUAAAUAUUUUUACUUUAUGUGCAAUGAUUAUAUCAUUAAUAUUUAUUAUUAUUUGGUAUAUAUAUCGUCAAGCGGAUUGGGCAUGGAUUUUACAGGAUAUUCUUGGUGCAGCUAUUUGCAUAACAGUUACAUCUGUUUAUAGACUUGGAAAUAUGCGUGUAAUUACAUUCAUUUUACUUGGUUUCUUUCUUUAUGAUAUAUUUUUUGUAUUUAUUACACCAUAUAUACCAUUUUUUCAACCAUCAGAUUCGACAACAACAACAACAACAACCACAACAACAACAACAACAAUAAUAACAACUACAACAACAAUACUAACAAGUGUAACAACAUCAAUUGGCUCAUUAAAUAAUAUUCAUACAAUUAGAACAUAUAAAAAAGUAGCAAGAACUCCAUCUGUUAUGGAACAAGUUGCUUUAGGUUUAGGAACAGAUGGAGAAGUUGUUCCACUUUUAUUUGCCUUACCUAUGUUUAUACCCGAAGAAGAAAUUGAUCCAUGUUUAACAAUGAGAAAAUCAAUGCUCGGUUUUGGUGAUGUGAUUUUACCGGGUAUUCUAUUAACAUUUUGUAAAAUAUUUGAUAUUGCUAUUGGUAAUCGUUGGCCAAUUUAUUAUAUACAAUCAAUAAUAUCUUAUUUUGUUGGUUUAUCUAUAACACAUGUUGCACUUUAUUUAAUGCAAACAGCUCAACCAGCACUUCUUUAUUUAGUACCAUGUAUACUUUUAUCAACAAUAAUAACUGGUUUAUGUCGUGGAGAAUUAAAAGAACUUUAUACAGGAAAACGAAUACAAUUAUUACUUGAAAAUAAAACAAAAAGACAAAAUAGUUCAUUAUUAAAUAGUUCGGAUAAUUCAGGUGCAGAACAAACAAAUGAAUCAAAUGAUGUUGUUAUUGGAAUAAGUGAUGCUGUUGGAACUGUUGCUGGUGUUGAAAAUCAAUAA